AUGUCAAAAAUAUAUAUCGGAAGAUUGAAUCAUGACGCAAGAGAAGAUGAUUUAUAUGGUAGAUUCUCAAAGUUUGGAAAAAUAGAUAGACUAGAACUUAGAAAAGGUUUUUGUUUUAUUGAAUACUUUGAUAAAGCUUCAGCAGAUGAUGCAAUUAAUAGUGAACAUAAACAAAAUUUCCUUGGUAGAAAUAUUAUUGUCGAAUUAAGUAAUAGUAGUAAAGGUAUUAAAAGACCAGAUAGCAGCAGUGGCAAAUGUUUCAUGUGUAAUGAAGAGGGACAUUGGGCCAGAAGUUGUCCAAAUGGAGGAAAGAAAAACUCAAGAUAUAAUCCAUAUCAUCGUGAAAGAUCAAGAUCACGUUCUAGAGAUAGAUCAAGAGACAGAGAUAGAAGACGUGAUGAUAGAAGACGUAGUGAUAAAAGAAGAGAAAGAGAUAGAUCAAGAUCUCGUUCACGUUCAAGAGAUAAUAGAAGAAGAGAUGAUAGAGACAGAUCAAGGGAUAGAUCAAGAGAUAGAGAUAGAUCAAGAGAUAGAUCAAGAGAUAGAGAUAGAUCAAGAGAUAGAGACAGAUCAAGAGACAGAUCAAGGGAUAGAUCAAGAGAAAGGGAAAGAGACAGAUCAAAUUCAAGAAAUAAUAACAAUGGUAAUGGAAAUGGUAAUGGUAAUGGUAAUGGUAAUGGUAAUGGAAAUAAUAAUAAUAAUAAUAAUAAUAAUAAUAAUAUUAAUAAUAAUAAUAAUAGUAAUAGUAAUGGUAAUAAUAAAAGAAAUCGUUCAUCCUCUAGAGACAGAAAUAAAAGAAACCGAUCACCAUCCAAAGAAAAUAGAUAUAGAAGAGAAAGAGAUAGAAGUAGUAGUGGUACAAGAAAUGGUAACGGAAGAGAUAGAUCAAGAAGUACCAGUAGAAAUGGUUUAAAUAAACCUAAUAAUAAUAAUAAUAAUAAUAAUAAUAAUAAUAAUAAAUCAAACGGAAAUAGAAGUAGAAGUGGAAGUAGAAAUAGAAAUCCAUCACCAGAUAGAUUAGGAAAUAACAGUGCAAUCAAUGGAAAAAAGAAUGGAUUGGAAACUGAAAAACCUUCCAAUUCUUUAAAUGGAUUAUAA